AAAGGCGGAGGUGUGCUGACACGACCUCGACACAGCAGUGCCGCCGUUGAGAGCUAGACACGCAGAGGGGUCAACGUGCGAACAACACCCAUCGGCAGGCGAAAGAGCAUUUCACAAGGACAGAGGCGCUAGCUUUGCCGGAGAGGGAGUUGCUCGUGGAAGCCACAGAUUAUCGUCAUGUCGAAGCGCGACUACGAUCACCUUUUCAAACUCGUCCUGAUCGGCGAUUCCGGCGUGGGCAAGUCGUGCCUGCUGCUGCGUUUCGCUGAUGAUGCGUUCACGGACAGCUACAUCAGCACCAUCGGGGUAGACUUUCGUUUCCGAACGGUGAAGAUCGAUAAGAAGACAGUCAAGCUACAGAUUUGGGACACCGCAGGGCAGGAACGCUUCCGGACGAUAACAUCGGCCUACUACAGGGGUGCGGACGGGAUCAUCAUGGUGUAUGACGUCACCGGGCAGGAAUCAUUCGACCACGUGAACGAUUGGCUGAGUGAGGUGAACCGCUACGCUAGCGAGGGCACAAGCAAGCUGCUCAUAGGAAACAAGAGCGACCGAGAGGAUAAGGUGGUGGACAGCGCGGCGGCGAAGGAGUACGCGGAGUCGUUGGGCAUCCCCUUCUUGGAGACGAGCGCCAAGAGCGCCUCCAACGUUGAGGAGGCGUUCCUCACCAUGGCCUCCGAGCUUAUCCGCACCAGGGAAGCACGAGCCGCAACGCAGGUGGACAAUUCCACCGUGAACCUGGGCGGAGGCGGUAGCAGCGCAUCCUCUAGCUCCAAAUGCUGCUGAUGAUGAAUCACGAUGACCAUGUUACCCGCCGCGCGUCGACAUUUGUCUUUGCGUCACCGGCGUCCUCGAAGGGGCUGCGGAAGAGGGUAGCAGUACCCGUUGGCU